AUGUCGCUGCGGGAGCGGAGCCCCGGCGGCGUCCGCAGCGCGGCGCCGGCCGCGGGGGCGGCGGCAGCGGCAGCGCCGGAGCGGCGCCUCUCGCUGUUGCCCUGGGACCGCUUCUCGGCCUGGCUGCACUGCGUGUGCGUGGUGGGCUUCGACCUGGAGCUGGGCCAGGCCGUGGAGGUAAUAUAUCCUCCACAUUCAAAACUCACAGAUAAGGAGAAAACCAAUAUUUGCUAUUUGUCUUUUCCAGAUUCCAAUUCAGGUUGUCUUGGGGACACACAGUUUUGUUUUAGAUUUCGACGGUCUUCUGGAAGAAAAGUCUCAUUGUGUUGUUUUCUGGACCAAUUGGAUAGAGAUCUACCAGUUUACUUAAAGAAGGAUCCAGCAUAUUACUAUGGCUAUGUGUAUUUCAGACAAGUUCGAGACAAAUCAUUAAAAAGAGGCUAUUUCCAGAAGUCCUUGGUUCUCAUCAGCAAACUACCAUAUGUCCACCUCUUUCGCACUGUGCUUAAGCAAAUAGCACCAGAGUAUUUUGAAAAAAGUGAAGCUUUCCUGGAAGCAGUUUGUAGUGAUGUUGAUCAUUGGCCACCCCCAAUUCCAGGGGAAAUACUGCAUUUGCCCAUUAUGGGUAUUAUAAUGAAGUUGCGGAUUCCAACAUACCGUGACAAGCCUGGAACAACUCAAAUAGUACAGAAUAUGCACCAGGCAGAUGCACAAAUCUCCAUGGCCUUACCUACUGUUCAUGAAGUAGACCUUUUCAGGUGUUUCUGUCCAGUGUUCUUUCACAUUCAGAUGCUCUGGGAACUAGUCUUGCUGGGAGAACCACUUGUUGUGAUGGCACCAUCACCAUCUGAAUCUUCAGAAACCGUGCUAGCACUUGUUAGUUGCAUUUCACCAUUAAAAUACUGCAGUGAUUUCAGGCCGUACUUUACCAUACAUGACAGUGAAUUCAAAGAAUAUACAACUCGUACACAAGCCCCACCAUCUGUCAUUCUAGGAGUGACAAAUCCUUUUUUCGCUAAAACACUCCAGCACUGGCCCCACAUUAUCCGAAUUGGAGAUAUUAAACUUCCAGGUGAAGUUCCAAAGCAGGUGAAAGUGAAAAAACUGAAGAAUCUAAAAACUUUGGACUCAAAACCUGGGGUUUAUACAUCUUAUAAGACAUAUUUAAGCAAAGAUGAAGAAAUCAUAAAACACUUGCAAAAGGGUGUACAGCAGAAACGUCCCACAGAAGCACAGAGUGUGAUUCUUCGGCGUUAUUUUUUGGAGUUGACAGAAAGUUUCAUUAUUCCAUUAGAACGUUAUGUGGCAAGUCUCAUGCCUCUGCAAAAAUGUAUAUCGCCAUGGAAGAGUCCACCACAGCUGAGACAGUUCAGUCAAGAAGACUUCAUGAAGACACUGGAGAAAGCAGGACCCCAGCUCACUUCAGGUUUAAAAGGAGACUGGAUAGGACUUUACAGGCAUUUUUUGAAAUCGCCGAACUUUGAUGGUUGGUUUAGGAGCCGGCAGAAAGAAAUGACGCAGAAAUUGGAGGCCCUUCAUUUAGAAGCACUCUGUAAUGAGAACUUGGUUUUCUGGAGUCAGAGGCAUACUGAAGUAGAAACGGUAGAUCUUGUCUUAAAGCUAAAGAAUAAACUGUUGCAGGCUGGCAGAGAACAUCUUCCUGUGAAAACUGACACACUGAAAAAGCUGCAGACACACAUUGAUGAUAUUAUACUAGCACUUCCAGAUGAUUUACAGGACAUUUUGCUCAAAACUGGCACAACAUGAUUUCUGUGGGGAUUUUUUCUGUGUGCAGCAAAGAGAAGGCAAAAUGAAUUUCACAGAGGACAGUGGCAUACAAGGUUUGGAACACAGUUUUAAACAGUACAUUAACACUACAAAUGGACUAUACUGAUAGUGUAGUCCAUUAUACUAUUUUUCACUAUAUUUUCAAUUUAAAUACCAAUGCAACUAAAAAGUCUUGUGUUUAAUUAUGUUUGAAAUAAGUGCUCUUAAAGAAAAAUCUGUGGGCAUAUGAAACUAUACCAUAGUAUAGGACCACAGUGCAGUGCUGGCAUUGCAGAAUAAUUUUAACUGGUGCUGCUAUACCCAGUCAUGUUAACUCAGGGGUAUGCGAUAUAGAUCCUGUACUCUCAUGUUGAUGUAGUAUCUGCUUGCUUUUAAAUGUUUGGCGCUUUUUUUUUUUUUUUUUUUUUUUAAUGCUUUCAUCUGUGAUAAGCCCAACUGGCAUGUUUUGUGACUCGGUCAGAACAUGUAGCAUUUGAGGUAUUCUACUGGUAAAUAUGCUUUCAAAACAGCUCCAAUAAGAGCAUUCUCACAAAGACAAGUGAAAGCAUCAGAUCCGUUCCUAACUUUCUUUUCUCUUUCUUACCCUCUUUCCAAUGAUCAUAUUACUGUAAUAUCUUUAAAGAAGACAGCUGACAUUUGCUGAAGAGGAAAGUCUCUUCCGUUCAGUGUCAGAUAAUUAGGGUGCUCUUAUUCACAUGCCUUAAUUAAAUACAAAGUAAUGAUAUUCUAAUUAAUGGUUUUAAACUGCUGACAUUCAGGAUUUAAAAUGGAUUACCAGUGUAAAUGUAACUACAUAGUGGUCAUCAGAGAAAAUAAAUACAGAAAGUUUCAAAAAUAACUGAUUUCAGUAGUUAGCUGAGACAGUGUUUCAGUUGGAGAUCAUAGCAGUCAGCCUUCUGUUAAAAUUUUUUUUUUUUUCUUAUAUCACAGGGCCUCUGAGGAGGAAAUGGGGCAGGAGGGAGGGAAAUACUCUUGGCUUCAGCUGAAGAAAGCUGUAUCCAAAGGUCAAACUAUGGCAAGAUAAGAUUGUAGUACCAAGUUAUUCUUCAGUAUAUGCAUAUAGUACUCAUGCAUAAAGAAUUUCUUCUUGCGUAUUAAGCAACAAGAAUGUGAUGUUUAUUUUCUUGGACAGGCUUCAGUGGUAUAUAAGAAUUCAGCUGCUCAGCAAGCUAUAUUCUUUGACCCAUUUCACAUAGAAUAAGCUUAAUGCUAUAGUGUAUGCACAGCAUACACUCAUGCAUGACAAGUUGAUCACAGUUAUCAAUAAAUUCUUUUAUGUGCUUGGAUAGCAUUUUUUUAACCUUAGGACACUGUAAUCCUACUAUAAAAAAUGCUUUUGUAUGAUAUUUCAUAUGAUCUUUCUAAAAAUGUCUUAUUUAGAUAUAAAAUGUUACAACAGUAUUUUUAUGAAAAAAUAUAUGUAUUUUAAUACUGUUACGGUUUAUAUACAAUUAUUCAUGACCAGAUGUUUAAUGUAUCUGUUAUGCUACUUAAACUACACCACUUUUGCAUUAAUUUCUAACUUGCAAUUUUUUUUGCACACUUUGAAUAGCAUUUCUAGUCCAGAAAUUAAGUGGCUAUUCUUACACUAAAUUAUCUUAAAUAUUUAACUUGGAGCACUAUGUAGUUUCUUGGAACCAUGUUAACUGGUAGCAACUGUGGUAACCUAUUUUCACAUGACUGCAAAUAUGUAUUUUUGUAAAAAUAAAGUUUUCUCUUUUU